AUGUUGCCCUGCAUUCUCUUAAAUUGGCCGCUCAACAGCAGCGAGCGGGGCCGCGGCUCGUUCUCGGUGCUGAGCACCUCCGACCACACGGUGACGCUGAAGGAGCGGCCUCAAGACAAGUUUGCCAAGACAUUUACCUUCGACCGUGUGUUCGGACCCGACUCCAAGCAGCGCGCUGAACCCACCGUCUGCAUGCUGGAGCCGGUGGGCCCGAAGCCUGGCUGCGCCCCACUAGCACUGCCUGGACCCGGACGUGGGCAAUCAUCCCCGCGCACGCUCAGCCAGCUGUUCGACGAGCUGCGCAUCCAGGGCGUGGAGUUCACCGUGCGCGUGUCCUUCCUGGAGCUGUACAACGAGGAGCUGUUCGACCUGCUCGGGCCCGAGACGGACACCACCCGACUGAGGCUGUACGAAGACGCCAGCAAGAAGGGCUCGUGCAUCAUUCAAGGCUUGGAGGAGGUGACGGUGCACAACAAGAACGACGUGUACGAGAUCCUGCGGCUGGGCUCGCAGAAGCGCCAGACGGCCGCCACGCUGAUGAAUGCCCACUCCAGUCGCUCCCACACCGUCUUCUCCGUGACGGUGCACAUCAAGGAGAACACGGUCGACGGCGAGGAGCUGCUCAAGACCGGCAAGCUCAACCUGGUGGACCUGGCCGGCAGCGAGAAUGUGGGCAGAUCGGGGGCCGUCGACCGGCGCGCGCGAGAGGCGGGCAACAUCAACCAGAGUCUGCUGACCCUGGGCCGUGUCAUCACAUCGCUGGUGGAACGGGCACCGCACGUGCCGUACAGGGAGUCGAAGCUGACGCGGCUUCUGCAGGACUCGCUGGGCGGGCGCACCAAGACCUCCAUCAUCGCUGCCGUGUCGCCAGCCUCCUGCAACCUGGAGGAGACGCUCAGCACGCUGGACUACGCCCAGCGCGCUAAGAGCAUCACCAACCGGCCCGAGAUCAACCAGAAGCUCAGCAAGAAGAUGCUCAUGAAGAUUAACACCUGA